AUGCGAUCGAUCUAUGCUGCCAUACCUCUGAUCGCCGCUGCUGGCGCGGCUGCAUCCUAUCCCUCGGAUCGCUGGGUCUUUGGAGAUAGCCUAUUUUACCUCGGCCCUCCGUCUGGUAAUGCAAGAAUUACCAAAGCCACAUAUUCCAUUGUUCCACCAUCAGUUCCCUCGGGAGCGAAGGUUUCCAACGCAGAUGAUGAGGUGUGGGUCUCAGUUUGGGUUGGCGUAUCCUCAUCUGCAGGAAGCGACUAUACGAAUCUGUAUCAGCCCUUGUUCAAUUGGUCGCCUGACCAGGAAUCACAAGGUUGCUCCGCUUCAGACGAAGAGUGGUGUGCGGCGGCUAGUACUUACACUCCAGAUGGCCAAGUUGGCCAGUCUUAUAUACCAGUACCCUCGAAUAGUACUGUGGAUUUUGAAAUUGUUGUCGUGGAUGAAAAAGUUGUCCAGACCGUCACAAUUGGAGGCAAGGUAGCCUCUCAACAGAGCGACGCGCUCGAUGAUCCGCUUCAAUAUCUUUACUCUAGCAACGAAUGCUACACUGGAUCUGGAAGCUGUGGCACUCUAGGCGGCUACACCAUCGCCAACUUGACGGUCACUCUAAGUGAGGCUGAUACCAAUUUUGCCAGUGUCAUGGAUCUGGACGAUGUCACAGAUGCCACGUUCUCCAGUUCCGAUGGUGGUAUUACCUGGCACACGGAUCGAGUUACUGUGUCUUCUAUUGAUUUCGAUUCGACUGAAGACUCUGAAUUGAGUGGUUUCUCUGAUUAA